AUGACGGAGAGCGGCCGGGAGAUGGCCCUGCCGGCUAUCCCCGACGAGCUCCUGGCGGAAAUCCUCCUCCGCCUUCCCACCCCAGAGGACCUCAUCCGCGCCUCCGCCGCCUGCGUCUCCAUCCGCCGCCUCGUCGUCAACCGCGCCUUCCUCCGGCUUCCGCCCCGCCUUACCGCCUCACCCCUCCGCGCCGUCGCCCGCGCCGCCGACUUCGACUUCGCCUUCCUCCCCGCACCUGCCUUGGACUGGUCCGUGCGGGAAGUCCGCGACGGCCGCGUCCUCCUCGACAGACCCUGCCGGCACGCCGGUGAUGGGCUCGGAUCCGUCUUCAAGGAGAUGGUGGUGUGCGACCCCCUGCACCGGCAGUAUCUCCUGCUCCCCCCGCUCCCCGGUGACCUAGCCAUUUCGAUUGUUGUCGCGCUCGCGAUUGAAGGGCCGUGCUUCGGCGAAUCCUUCCUCGCCCCUCCCGGCGACGACGAGGAGGCAGCUGCUACUACUGAGGGGACGUCAUUCAGAGUGAUCUGGAUGACGCUGCUCCAAACUAAGCCGAUGGCCGCUGUCUUCUCCUCCGGCACAGGGCAAUGGCAAACCCUGAGUCGGAGUGAGCCGUUACCUGGCUUUUUGUUAUCCACGUGGAAGUUUUGGUUCGUGUCGCGCCAUUACGCACAUGGUUGCUUCUACUGGGUUUCAGGUACCAGUGAAAAAUUGCUCGUGCUUGACAUCCGGACAAUGGAGUUCUCCAUGGUUGACCACCCACCCUGCGCCAGAUUUUCGGGCGAUGAAGUGGCCAUCGUCGAGGCAGGCCAAGGCAUAACUCCGAUGUUUGUGCCUAAACCGGACACAUCUCGCCUAAUUUAUACUGUUUGGCGAAACAAUGGUGGGAGUUCCACUCAGUGGCAAAUGGAGAAUGAGCCAUUCUUGCUGGAUUCUGGGUCCGUGAUCAAGGGUGCGGUGGGUAGGCACUUGCUCCUAUAUUAUGUUGGAAGCUCGUCAGUUGAGCGAGGUUGUUACACGCGGGACGUCGACACAUUCCAGCUUGAGAGGGUGUGUGGUGCAUAUCCCGACCCGUCAGAAGCAUAUUGCAACUUCCCACCGUCGUUAUUAUCGUCGCCGACAGUGUCAAGUGGCACACGCCAUGCUGACGCCCAGGGAGCGGGGGAUGAUGUGCUGGCGCCUGAACUACAGGAAGCUGACCCUGGAGGCGUCCAAGGACCUGUUGUCGCAGCAGCAGCCCAAGCUCUGAACCGCUUGUUCGUCGUCGAAGGGACACGCCAUGCUGAUAUCCAGGGAGCAGGGGAGCCUGAAGUACGAGAAGCUGACCCUGGAGGCGUGCAAGGACCUGUUGUCGCAGCAGCCACCCAAGCUUUGAUCCCCUUGUUCGUCGUUGAAGGCACACCCCAUGCUGAUGUUGUCCAGGGAGCGGAGAUCGAUGUGCUGGUGCCUGAACUACGGGAAGCUGACCCUGAAGGCGUGCAAGGACCUCUUGUCGCAGCGGCCGCCCAAGCUCCAGACCCCUUGUUGGUCGUCGAGAACGAUGACGAUGCUGAGGCGGGUCACGGCGGUGCAAGGAGGAGGCGCUGAGGUUCGGGCUGGGGCUGGGGCUGGACCUGCGGAGGUUGCAGAGCCGUGUAGGCGAGGUGGAGACUGCGGCGUGUCGGGAGGCGAGGGGCCAGAGUAUGUGGUGGUAGAAUUGUAGCUAGAUGGAGCGAGCAAGAGUGACUCCAUGCAUCCUUUUUGUAAAGCUUACUUGUUUGAUCUUGUGCCGUGCUGGUCUCUGCUUGCUCUUUCCUGUGCAACUGUGGCUUGCGCAUUGUCGUUUUUGUUGUGAUAUCAACUCAGU